UCGGCCUCUUCGGUGCUGGCGGCCGGGCAAGAUGACGAAGGGUACAUCGUCAUUUGGUAAGCGACGAAAUAAGACACACACCUUGUGUCGUCGAUGUGGGUCCAAGGCAUACCAUCUGCAGAAAUCUACCUGUGGGAAAUGUGGUUAUCCUGCUAAGCGUAAGAGAAAGUAUAACUGGAGUGCAAAGGCUAAAAGACGCAAUACCACUGGUACUGGUCGCAUGAGGCACCUGAAAAAGGUCUACCGUCGAUUCAGGAAUGGAUUCCGUGAGGGAACCACACCGAAGCCCAAGAGAGCAGCUGUUGCAGCCUCCAGUUCAUCGUAAAGGCUCAUCUGUUUGUUAAAAUAAAUGAUCUUAUCCAGAAAGUAUGUCAUCUUUUAUACAUGUUUUACUUCAGUGAGGUGAAGGAUUCCUGAAAAUACAUACAUUUACACACA